CUAUAAAUUCUGAUCGUCUUCUCCCUUAGAAGAGCAAGGGUGGAUACACAUACAGAAUAAAAAGGGAAGUUCAGGAACCCCAGUGCACGAAUACUUAAAUAAAGAUACUUCUCACUACUAAAACUUAAAAAGAAAAAAUGGCAAACAACAAGGUUGCUGCACUGUUGGUUAUGUGCCUUGUUCUUGUUGCUGCUGUCGAGCUACUUCCUCAAGCCGGGGCUGACAAAUUUGCCUCUUGCUUCAACAACUGCGAGCAGGAAUGCAAGGCUUCCGGACAGGGCCAGACCUUCUGCGAAAUGAAGUGCGACACUGACUGCUUCAACAAAGAUGUUGCUGCGAGGCUGAAAUUCCCUAUUAAUCCAUGAGGGAGGAGGCAUCAUAAUUGGUGGAUCAUCAGAAGACACCCUCGUAAUAAAUGAGAAUGGCACAGCAGUGAAGGAAGACUUCAUUUGUAUUAUUUCUCAUUCGUAAUAAAAUACAUAAUAUCUACAAUUUUUCUUCCUAUA